AUGGGGCGACGGGCUGCAGUAAGAAGCGCCAUCGGACCCAACGCCUUUUUCUUCUUUCUUACCUUUCUCUUCUUCUUCUUCUUCUUCUCUCUCUCUCUCACUACUCAACUUACUCCUCCUCCUCUCUUCUUCUCUUCUCGUCUUCUCUUCUCGUCUUCUUCUUGUUUACUUCCUUCAAGCCACUUUUCAGAAACCCAGCAUAAACCCAGCCUUGGCAUGCGUUUUUCUUUUUUCUUGCUCCUUUUUUUUUUUUUUUUUUCGACUUUCCCGACUUUCUUCGUUCUUCUUCCUGCAGAGCAAACAACAUAUAUCACAAAAGAAGGGACAAGCAAGCAGGAGAGAAAAGGGCCAAAAAAGAAUAAUAAGAAGAGAGACAGGAAGGGAGUCCGCAAUAUCUCCCUCUAUCUUGCAGCAGCCAGGUCUCUGCUGUUCUUUAAGUUGGCAGCUUGUCUUGGACAGAGAGAGAGAGAGAGAGUCGAGAGAGAGAGCUCUCUUCUCGCCCGCUAUAUCUCGGUAUCAGACGACAACGACAGCAACGACAACAACAACGACAAACAGCCAUCAACCAGCGAAAGCAUGGCCAGCGUCAACGGGAGCUUUGCCUCGCCGGCAGCAGAUGCGUCUCUUCAUGCCGCCGUCGCCUCGCCGUCCGGCCUCUUCAUGGCCCUCGUCAACAACAUGUCUGGCUGGGGCGCCGUGCUUGCGCUCUUCCUCUUCGCGGUCGCCUACGAUCAAUUUAAAUACAUAUGGCUCAAGGGGUCAAUUGUUGGCCCCCGGUUCAAGAUCCCCUUCAUGGGGCCUUUCCUCGAGUCCGUCAACCCCAAGUUUUCUGAAUACAAGGCAAAAUGGGCCAGUGGAGACCUCAGCUGCGUCUCCGUCUUCCACAAGUUCGUCGUGAUCGCAUCUACCCGUGACAUGGCCCGCAAAGUGUUCAACUCGCCCAUGUACGUCAAGCCCUGCGUCGUCGACUCGGCUCACAAGCUGCUCGGCAAGACCAACUGGGUCUUCCUCGAUGGCAAGGACCAUGUCGAGUACCGCAAGGGCCUCAACGGCCUCUUCACCAGACAGGCAUUGAGCGUCUACAUGCCCCUGCUCGACAGCGUCUACGACAGGUACUUUAGCAUGUUCAUCAAGGAGUCCGCCGACAACAACCACAAGCCAAUCCCCUGGAUGCCGCAGUUCAGAGAGCUCAUGUGUGCUCUCUCCUGCCAGACCUUCGUGGGCGACUACAUGACCAACGAGGCCGUGGUCAAGAUUGCCAACGACUACUACCUCAUCACGGCCGCUCUCGAGCUCGUCAAUUUCCCCAUCAUCCUUCCCUUCACCAAGACCUGGUACGGAAAGAAGGCAGCUGACAUGGUCCUGGCUGAGUUCAGCAAGUGUGCGGCAAAGAGCAAGGUCCGCAUGGCUGCUGGCCACGAGAUCUCCUGCAUCAUGGACGGCUGGGUCAAGGCCAUGCUCGACUCCGCCGCCUACCGUGAAAAGAUCGCCAAGGGUAUCUCUGUGCCUGACGCCGAGAAGCCAAAGCACAUCCUCCGUGAUUUUUCGGAUUAUGAGAUUGCACAGACCAUUUUCACCUUCCUCUUUGCCUCUCAGGACGCAACCAGCAGCGCCUGUACCUGGCUCUUCCAGAUCAUGGCCGAUCGCCCCGACAUCCUCGACAAGGUCCGCGAUGAGAACCUCAAGGUCCGGAACGGUGAUCGCAACGCACCCACCUCCAUGGAACUGCUCGACCAGCUCACCUAUACCCGUGCUGUCGUAAAAGAGACCCUCCGAUACCGCCCUCCAGUCAUCAUGGUUCCCUAUGAAGUCAAGAAGGACUUCCCAGUCACCCCUACGUACACUCUUCCCAAGGGCUCCAUGAUUGUCCCAUCCGUCUGGCCGGCUACCCAUGACCCCGAGGCCUACGAAGACCCGGAAUCCUUCAUUCCAGAGCGAUGGAUCACCGGGACGGCCGAGCAGAAUGCAAAGAACUUCCUCGUUUUCGGAACUGGUCCUCACUACUGCCUAGGACAGACCUAUGCACAGCUCAACUUGAUGGCCCUGAUUGGAAAGGCCAGUAUGGCCCUUGACUGGGAGCACCACACUACCCCCCAGUCCGAAGAUAUCAAAGUCUUCGCUACCAUCUUCCCACAGGUAUGGUGCCGCCUCAGCUGA